UUUCUUCAGCGAAUGCCUCGCCUCUUUUUCUUCCCUGCUUGCUGUCAUUGUUUUUCGCCACGACUAACUUCAGACAGCAGCUACCAUGCAGAACGAAGCAACACGAAAAUUCGAGCCGCCACCCAGCAGCUUCAACUUUGGAUGCAAGUUUGUCCAAGACCUUCCUGCUGCAAAAGCUGAUUCAAAAGAGACAGUGGAGAACAAACCUUUUAUUUCAUUCUCAGGUACAUUUCUAAAAAGUCCCAAACCAAGAUGGCGGUCAAAGACUACCAUUGGCAAUACAAAAAAAGUUCAACAGAAGUUGGAGACACCAUGGAGAGACAUGAAGUGGACUGAAGAGCAGAAGACAAGUCUGAUGGAGACCAUCAGCUCCUACAGACCGAGGUGUGGGGAGGGGACUCAGGCUCGGGUGCUCCUCCUGGGACCUCUCGGUUCAGGAAAGUCCAGCUUUAUCAGUUCGGUUCAGUCGGCGUUUAAUGGAAGAGUAACGAACCGGGCCAUGGUGGGCUCCUCCUCCACCAGCUUCACCAAGAAGCUGCAGUUGUUCAACAUCCGUGGUCAGAAGGGAGAGGAUCCUACUGGACUGGUUCUGUGUGAUGCUAUGGGCCUAGGAGAUGGAGAGAUGACGGGCCUGACGCUCCAUGACGUCCUGUCUAUCAUCAAAGGUCAUGUACCCGAGGGACACAAGUUCAGCCCAGACCAGCCGGUGAGGUCUGAGACUGUGGGCUUUGUGAAACGGCCCAGCAUCAAAGAUAAGAUCCAUUGUGUUGUUUUUGUGGUGGACGCCUCUAAAGUCCUGACCUACCCCAAAGGCCUCAGCACCACCUUCCAGCAGCUCCGAGAGCACAUCAGUGACCUGGGUGUUCACCAGGUGGCUCUACUCACCCACGUAGACCAUCUUUGUACAGAAACGGCCAAAGAUGUCACCAAGGUUUACGAAAGCAGAGUCAUCAAGGACACGAUGGCUAAAGCUGGAGCUCUGUUGGGUAUGUCCACCUCCUACAUCGUCCCAGUGAAGAACUACUCAUCAGAGUUGGAUGUGGAUGCUAACACUGAUGUGCUUCUGCUAAGUGCUGUGGACCACAUCCUGCAGUAUGCUGAUCUGUAUUUCCAGGACAAUAAACCACAGAACAUCCAGCCAAAGUUUGACUUAGUGAUGGUUUGGAGACACCAAAGUACCACUGAAGAUUUAUUCAGCAUCAGUUACAAAACUGACCAGCUCUCCACCAUGAACCCCAGACUUACAAGAAACCAGCAGAGAGAAAUCUGCGCCCAGCUGGGAAGAUUCGAUCUGCAGCUGCUGUACAAGGCCAGCAUCCAUGGCUUCACCGGUGCAGCCUUCCACCAACAAUGUGACACCCGCAGUCCCACAGUCUCUGUGGGCUUCAAUGCUUCUGGUUAUGUUUUUGGAGGCUAUACCAAACAACCAUUCAGUCAGUCAGGACAGUAUGUGCAUGAUGAUCUGGCCUUCCUUUUCACGUUCAGUGGAGAAAAGCUCCUCAAAUAUCCAGUCACAGGUCCUGCUAAUGCAGUGAGAAUGAUUGGUAAUUCUGGGCCAUAUUUUGGAGAAGCAUUGGUUCUGGAUGGAAGCAAACCCGCGGUCCACAGCAAUCCAGGGAAUCAUUACAACUUCACUGCUGCAGAAAUGCAUGGCAAUGACCUCAACAUGACUGAGUGUGAAGUUUACCAAGUCGUGGAAAUGACCGCACUGGAGAGCCCCUGGAGAACUGUAAUCUGGGAAACUGAGAAGAGAACAGAGCUGAUGGAUAAAUUAAGGACCUACAGACCAUUAGUCAACUCUGUGUCCAAGGCUCGGGUCCUGUUAGUUGGGCCAGUUGGAGCUGGAAAGUCUAGCUUCUUCAAUUCUCUCAACUCUGUGUUCAGAGGCUACGUCACCAGUCAGGCCAUGGCUGGAUGCUCCACCACCAGCCUCACCACACAGUUUCGCACCUACACUUUGAAAGAUGGGCGAGAAGGAAAACCUCUGCCAAUCAUCUUGUGUGAUACCAUGGGGUUAGAGGAAACAGGGCCGGGGGUAGGCUUGGAUGACAUCAUCAGCAUACUUAAGGGCCAUGUGCCAGAUCGCUAUCAGUUCAACCCCUCUGCCCCUUUGCAUUCGGAUGUCCACGGAUAUCGUGAGCGUCCAGAGCUUAAGGACAAGAUCCACUGUGUUGUGUACGUCCUUGAUGCCUGCAAGGUCUCCAUCAUGCCCUCAAAACUGGAGGAGACACUGGAAGCUAUCCGCAAAAAGAUCAACUUGAUUGGAGUCCCUCAGCUGAUCCUGCUCACCAAAGUAGAUGAAGCCUGUCCUCUAGUGUUAGAGGACGUGAGAAACGUUUACAAGAGUUUAUACAUUAAGCAAAUGAUGCAGGAGGCCAGCAGUCGGCUCGGUCUGCCGUUGUCCUGUGUUGUUCCGGUGAAGAACUACAGCGAGGAGUUGGAAGUGAACCCAAACUGUGACAUCCUGCUGCUCAGUGCUGUCAAUCAGAUGCUUCGCUUCACUGAUAACUACUUUGACGACAUCAGUGACCGAGUCAGCAACAUUAAAACCAAAGAGUAAGAAGUAUUUGUUCUGCAGAUACACAAACACUUAAUGGUGUAUGAAUGCUGCAGCCAUCAUCAUCAUCUAUCAGCACAAACCUGCAUCAUGCUUCUUAACUGGUAGUUUUUCAAAGCAGCUCUUGGAAUUUAUAAUACUCACAUGGUGGAGGACAUCAAAUAUUUGAUAAACCAUUGAUGAUAGUCACAGGGUGGCUGUUAUGUUCUGAUGUACUGCUCAGGGUGUGAUGCUAUAAUGUUGUACCACUUUAUUCUGGCCUGCUCUGGUCUCAGAUUCGAUCUUACAGGAUUCAUUACUUUAACUCUUUGCAACUUCAUGGGUAACUGAAAUAGAUUCCAGUACAGUUGUAUUUUAUUAAGCUUAGUUAUAAAGUUUACAUUUUGGGGGGUCUGACAUAUUUUGUGUUUACAUUCCAUAUGAUAAGUUUUGUAUUAACCAAACAUGAUUGAGCUUCAACAAAGCCUACUUUUUACUUAAUUUUCCACAGAUUUUGACAAAUACAAGAACUGUUAACUCUGGCACACAGUAUUGAAAUCAUUUUAAUGCACUAAUAGUUUCAAACCUGUAAACCUUAUUCAUAAACAUUAACAGUGCAAACUAGUGCCCGACCGAUACCAAUAUC